GGAUUUGGUAACUGUAUAAAACGACGCCAUUUUUUUAUGUGAGAUGUGACAUAUCUUGGAUCGGGCAAAACGAAAUUUCGUUGCUCUUUCAGUCUUUCGUCGUUGGCAGCUUAAUCACCGCUUGGGAGGAACAACAUCAAUAACCACAACCCACCUCCCUCCAUCGAUCUCAUCACAUAUCAAAGUUUUGAUUGAUUAAUUAGCCAUAGCGAAACAAUGAGUUACCACAAUGUGGUUCAUGUUGGUCACCAAUCUCAUGAUCCCCCAUCAGGGUAUCCAUCGGAAUAUCCUCCACCGCCUGAUUUUCUUCCACCGCAGCAGCCGGGGUUUCCGAACCCUCAUGAGUUUCAUGGCCCUCCUCCCCCUCAGCCACCGCAUCAACACCAUCAACGCUAUCAGGAUUACUUCUAUGAAGGCUUCCCGCCGCCGCAUUCAGCUCAGCCCUACAACCGCCAACAUUACCAGAACAACCCAUAUGACUAUGACAGUGGCUGCCCUCCUUUCCUCAAUUCCUGUUUGGCCGCACUCUGCUGCUGCUGCCUUUUGGAGCGCUGCUGCUUGUGGUGAUUCUACUCUUUGAAGCCUCUCUACUGCUCUCAAGUAUCAUUUGAUUCUGCAGCGGCUUGGUUCUGGCCUUCUGAUCGUAAAUGUAGGAUUCUUUGAGAGCAAGAAUCCAUCAAUUCUGUGAAGAAUUGGAUAUCAUAAAUGUUUCACUACAUGUUUUGCAGCUAUCAUGUACAUCACUAAACUGUAUAUUUGAUGUUGUCACAUAAACUUGUGGAAAUUCCACUUCUUUUUAGACUUC